UAAAAGACACAUACAGUGCCCCCUUUUCCUUGGGAUCUUAACAUAUAUAUCACCUUAAACUCAUGCCAUCUUAUUAAGUAGGCCUCCGAUCCAGCCCCUCUUCGCAGUCCAUGUUUUGUUAAACCACCCAUAAGAACCAUAUUCUGACGAAAUGGGAAGGCCUCCGUGCUGUGACAAAGUCGGGAUCAAGAAAGGUCCGUGGACUCCCGAAGAAGAUAUAAUUUUGGUGUCCUAUAUUCAAGAACAUGGUCCCGGUAAUUGGAGAGCGGUACCUACUACUACCGGAUUGUUGAGGUGUAGCAAGAGCUGCAGGCUGCGAUGGACGAACUACUUAAGACCCGGGAUCAAGAGGGGCAAUUUUACCCCUCAUGAAGAAGGGAUGAUAAUCCAUCUACAAGCUUUACUAGGCAACAAAUGGGCCUCUAUAGCCACAUAUCUGCCACAAAGGACAGACAACGACAUCAAGAAUUACUGGAACACGCACUUGAAGAAGAAGCUCAAGAAGUUCCAAUCCGGCAUGGAGGUGGCCGAUGCAAAUCAUCAGCUGGCGUCAAAGAGUUACAGCGGCGAAAGCAGCAAGCAUGACUCAAGCCGCCUAAGAGUUGGGGAGAAUUCGUCGUUGUACGCUUCCAGCGCAGAGAACAUCUCGAGGCUUCUAGAAGGAUGGAUGCGUUCGUCGCCUCUCCAGCCUAACACCAGCCUAAACGGAACUAGCAAUCACGAUAAUAAAUUAUAUUACGGCGAUUUUGGGAAAAUGAUCCCGAAUCACGAAAGCAGCGAGGUCCUGCGCUACAGGCCGCAGAAGAUCGAACACGGGAUGAUGCCCUGUGAUCAUGAUUUGGAAGGGAUGUUUGUGUUUGAUCAUCAUCAUCAUCAACAACAACAACGCUUGAACAGCAUGGCCGUGUCGUCUGAUUCUAGCCAGAAGGGGUCUGACAGCAGUGGAUUGAUUGAUCAGGAUAAGGUUUGCUUCAAGCACGACGACGAGAAGACGAAUCCGCCGUUGUCGUUUCUUGAGAAAUGGUUGCUGGAUGAGAGUGCAGCUCAAGUUGAAGGAGCUAUGGAAUUGCCUCCAAUAUUUUAGUCAAACUAUAUGUUUUAUUUCUUGAGUAUCAUUAAAUUUGCAUAUUAAUUAAUAUUAGCAGGGAAAUGGAAGUGUUAUGAGCAUCUGAAAUUAUUUAA